UUGGUGUCUGUCGCCGCGUAUUGAAUUACAUCACGCGUCAGAGUUCCUCUCCGGGAGCACAAGCUCGAACACUCCCGUCCCUUCAUCCUCCUCCUCCUCGUUCCCACUUUCAGCCAACGUCCACAGAGCAACACCGACUUUUGAGAAGAAGUUUCCCCGCCAGUAUUGAGGAUUGUGGGCGAAGGUGAAACGGAAUAAAACAUUGUUCCUUAAAGGACCGGGUAAAACCUUCAAGCUGAAUUCGUCUGGCCUACUGACUAUGCCCCGGAGUCCCACGUCCAGUGAGGAUGAGAUGGCCCAGAGUUGUUCUGACUACUCCGUGGACUCCGCCUCUGACAGCUCCCGUGAGGAGAUCAUCUACGAGACCAUAAGAGCCACCGCUGAGCCGACCCCAAGACGCAUGGACGACAUACACACUCACUCCCUGGUUGUCCGCGUCCUCAUCCCCGACCUGCAGCAGACAAAAUGUAUGCGGUUCAACCCUAACGCGACUGUGUGGGUUGCCAAGCAGAGGAUCCUGUGCACGUUGAGCCAGAGUCUGAAGGAUGUGCUGAACUAUGGCCUCUUCCAGCCCGCCGUGAACGGACGUGAUGGGAAGUUCCUGGAUGAGGAACGCCUCCUCCUGGAAUACCCACAGCCAAUCAGCAAAGGAGUUCCAGCUCUGGAGUUCCGCUACAAGAGCCGAGUCUACAGGCAGACCCAUGUGGAAGAGAAGCAGAUUGCCAAACUUCACACCAAGGCCAACUUGAGAAAGUUUAUGGACCUCAUCCAGCACCAUCAGGUGGAGAAAGUAUCUAGGCUGCUGGAGAGAGGACUGGACCCCAACUACCAGGAUACAGAGACCGGUGAGACCCCCCUGACAUUUGCGGCCCACCUGGAUAACGUGGUGGAGAUUAUAAAGGUUCUGAAGAAUGGAGGGGCUCACCUGGACUUCAGGGCCAAAGAUGGCAUGACGGCCCUACACAAAGCUGCUAGGUCCAAGAACCAGGUUACUCUGAUGACCCUGUUGGAGCUUGGUUUGUCUCCAGACUAUAAGGACAGUCGGGGUCUGACGGCGCUCUAUCACACAGCUAUGGUGGGAGGAGAUCCGUUCUGCUGUGAGUUGCUGCUACAUGAACACGCCACCGUCUGCUGCCAGGACGAAAACGGCUGGCAUGAAGUCCACCAGGCUUGUCGGAAUGGCUAUGUCCAGCACCUGGAGCAUCUGCUGUUCUACGGGGCGGACAUGAGCGCACAGAAUGCCUCAGGGAACACAGCGCUGCACAUCUGUGCUCUCUACAACCAGGAUAACUGUGCCAGGGUGCUGCUGGUCCGUGGAGCCAACAAAGAGGUGAAGAACUACAACAGCCAGAGUCCCUUCCAGGUGGCCAUCAUUGCGGGGAACUUUGAACUGGCCGAACUAGUCAAGAACCACAAAGAGACAGAUAUAGUGCCUUUCCACGAGGCCCCGGAAUACUCCAAGCGGCGUCGGGUCCCUCCCUCUACCAGCAGCAGCGGUAGCUGCCUGGUGGCCCCCCGGGUCCUGCUGCGCUCCAACAGUGACAACAACCUCACAGUGAGCCAGGGGCCUCCCCAGGACUGGUCCCAGCCCCAGGGACCCCCCCAGCACCACGGAUCCCAACAGGGAGGGGUCGGACCCCCCACCUCCACCUCUCACCGUAGCCUCUCUCCACAGCUGCUCCAGCAGAUGCAGGGGAACCCAAAUGGCACUGUGAGGACCAUGGGCCAGAGGUCCCGCAGUACCAGCGUGGGGGUGGUCCCGCGGAGUCCGUCCCCGUCCCUCAACCGGCUGGGAGAGGAGGCCUGCAGACCACACCCGCAGACACAUGUACAGACACAGCAGAUUCAGCACAGACAGACCAGCCCCAGUGGUAAUGUGGAGGUGGUGGUGCAGCGGAGGAAGCUGUACAGUGCCGUACCAGGUAGGCACUUUGUGGUGGUCCAUUCCUACCAUCCACGGGCCGAGGGAGAGAUCACCCUCUACAAGAACGACAGGGUUAAAGUUCUGAGUAUCGGAGAGGGGGGGUUCUGGGAAGGCAGUGCCCGGGGCCAGGUGGGCUGGUUUCCUGCGGAGUGCGUGGAGGAGAUUCCUGCCAAGCCCAGCGAGGAGAGGACGCACACAAGAGCUGACCGCUCGGACAGGAGGAAACUCUUCCGACACUACACUGUGGGGUCCUACGAUAGCUUUGAUACCACCAGCGACUGCGUGGUCGACGAGAAGACGGUGGUCUUGACCAAGAAGGAGAAUGAAGGCUUCGGCUUCGUGCUGCGAGGGGCCAAAGCGGACACGCCCAUCGAGGAGUUUACUCCCACCCCUGCCUUCCCAGCCCUCCAAUACCUGGAGUCGGUGGACGAGGGAGGAGUGGCCUGGCAGGCGGGGCUAAGGACCGGGGACUUCCUCAUCGAGGUGAACCAAGAGAAUGUGGUGAAGGUGGGCCACAGGCAGGUGGUCAACAUGAUCCGUCAUGCAGGGAACAGCCUCAUCAUCAAAGUGGUAACGGUCAGCAGGAAUAUGGACCCUGAGGAUACCGCACGUAAAAAAGCCCCCCCACCGCCAAAGAGAGCCCCCACCACCGCCCUGUCUAUGCGCUCCAAGUCUAUGACCUCUGAACUGGAAGAACUAGAUAAAGUGGACGAGGUGUCACCUUCCCAGAAGGCCGUGGACAUGAAGGUGGCCACCAUUAAGCCACGCCCCUCCAGCCGCUGUUUGGUCACACCUACUGACAUGAAUUCCAUGUACGACCGCCAGGGUGGAGUGGCAGUGGUACCACCCACUGUGCCAGGCAGUCCUAGAGGGGGGGCAUUCCUGGGAAUACUUGCCAAGGGUGGCACCAUGAGGAGACAGAAGUCCAUAGGUAUAACAGAAGAGAAAGAAGAGAAGGCGCUCCUCUCCCCUCCCCCACUCAAGUUCACCCGCAGCCUCUCCAUGCCCGACACGUCUGAAGACAUCCCCCUCCCCCGGCCAUCUCCCCCAUCUCCCCCCUCCUCCUACAACUCUCCCUCUGUCUCCCCCAUGCCAAGGGGCUACGGCACCACCCGACCGGGCCUCACCCUCAACUCCGCUGGAAAAUGUUCCAACGCCAUUACCCUUGGCAACCGCACGGUAGAUGUAGGGACACUAAGGCGAGGUUAUCACCGCCAGAGCUCAGAACAGUACGAUAGUAGAAGCCGAGGACGGGCGCACGUGCCCGAGAACCCGUACUCGGAGGUGGGCAACAAGGCGCUGUACGUGCCCGCCAAGCCGGCGAGAAGGAAGGGCAUGCUGGUCAAGCAGCCCAAUGUGGAGGACAGCCCAGAGAAGACCUGCUGCACCCUGCCCUCAGGCGCAGUUUCCAUGCCGACCACACCCACUGAGAGGAACUUCUCGUCCAUUCCCAUCCCCACCAUCAUUGUCAAGGAGCCUUCCACCAGUAGCAGUGGAAAGAGCAGCCAGGGCAGCAGUAUGGAGAUUGAGCCAACCACGCCCGAACACCCACCCUUAACGCCUAGGGCAGGGGGCAGGGGGCUAGGGCCUGAAGACCCCAUUGUCAACAACCCCUUUGCGGCUGCCAUCGCAGGGGCAGUGAGGGACCGGGAGAAGAGGCUGGAGGCACGGAGGAACUCACCUGGCUUUCUCUCCACCGAUAUGGGAGAUGAGGACUUGGGAGACCCCACCCCGGCCCCGCGGCUACGCCAGUCCAAGUCCAUUGACGAGGGGAUGUUCAGCAACGACGAGCACCUGCGGAGGAUAAUGGCACCCCCGCCGGCCACCACCCUGCUGCGGUCCCAAGAAGGGGGUGACCGUGGCGGUAACGUGACAGACUUCAACACCCCUGAGCCCACACAGGUGGUGAGGGAGCCUCUGACCGCACGUACCGGCCAGUACCCCAACCUGGACAGCCCCGUCAGUCUCCCGGACAGCCCCGUCAGUCUCCCGGCCACCACGCCCAAGACCUACAGCUCAAACGGAGGAUGGGGCUACCUGCACCCCGUCACGGGUAAUGCCCUGGAACCUACCUCGCCCCUCGCCCUAGCGCUGGUAGCCCGGGACAGAGCCAUGAAAGAAGCGACGCCCCCCAGUCCCUCCCCCAACCCCCACAAACCUGGCCUCAAUCAGCCCCUCUUCAUCGAUACCAAGCUCCGCUCCAGCAUUGAGCCGGGCUUCGCCAACUCCACGACAACCCUGGGGCGAGGCAUAAGGGGGGACCUGAAGAGUCAUAUGACGGAGCAGAAGUAUGAGUCUGACGGAGAGAGGGAGGAGAGGCAGCAGGCGGCGGAGGAUGGGAAGGGCAUACAGAUCGACGUUGUGAACACGUCACAAACGCAGAAAGUGGCCGGUCUGCUAAUGGUGCACUCCAAAAACAGCCAGGAGGAGGAAGACAGGGGGCAGGAGAACACACCAGCCCGGGACAACAGCAUCCCCAGCGAACUGAGAGUCCCCAACCAGCCAAAGCCCCCCACCAACAGCCACAGUACCAAGCCCCUGCCCCCCGUGCCACGGGGGAAGACCAUCACGGCCGGGGGUUCGGUCGACGAUCCAGUCAAGCUGUCCUUCCGCAUGCCCCCUCCCCCGCUGGCCUCGGUGGACAUUGAGGAGGUGGAGGAGUUUGUCUUCUCCGAGCCCCUGCCGCCACCGCUGGAGUUCGCCAACAGCAUCGACAUCCCUGAGGACCAGGCAACGACCAUCGCUGAGUUGCUCAAACAACGGGACCAAGAGAGACGCAACGGGAUGGGAACCAGGGGGCCACAUCCACCCCCCUACUACACUCACGCCCCGACCCCUGUCGGCCAGUUCAGACGAGGGAGCGGGGUGUCCAAUUGCAUGCCCCCACCCUUCUAUCCCCCUCCGCCCCCCGACGGUGGCUUUGAGAAAGGUGUCACUGACUCAAGCAUCGAGGAGGUAGACAGUCGCAGAAGUGGAGACCCCCAUGUAGAGACUACCAGCACCAUUUCCACAGUUUCGAGCAUCUCUGUACUGUCGUCAGAGGGCGGGUACAACAGCGCCCUGGAGAACACUUCUAUGGUUUAUACUGACGGCCAGGCUUACCUCGACGACCGACCCCCCGUGCCCCCCAAGCCCAAAAACAAGCCCGUCAUCAACAAGAACACUGCACUUUACCACAACGUCCUCAUGGAGGAAUCCCUGGACUCAUUUGAGGCGCCCCCUCCACCCGGGUCCAUAUCCCCCCCAGAACUCCCCAGGACUCCCCCCCAUCGGUUGUCCAAGCUGUGGGGCGAGCCCCCGGAGCUAAGGAGCCCACCCACGCCCGACCCCAAGGCCACGGUUAUCAACGAGCUGAGCUCCAUCUUAUCACAGAUGCACCGGCCCAAACCGGGGGACUCCCUGGACUCACCCACCACAGGGGCCAGGGGCGGCUUUGGAACCAGCUCAACAGCCACAGGAAGCCAGCGGAACUCCAGCGUGUCUUUCAGCCUGCCCCCCUCCUCCUGCACCCCUCCUUCCAGCCUGCCCCCUCACCUCUGCAGCCCCCCGGACACCUCGUCCCUCUCCUCUCCGCCCUGCCCCUCUUCUUUAACCCACUCUUCCUCACCCAGCCUUAGCGACCUUUUCGGCCUGUCCACCCUGCCCAUGGAGAAUGUGAGAGGCUUCGGCAGCAUGGGCGGUAGCCUUGGUGAAGGGUCCUCGUGCGGUGGCUCGCGCUCCCCCUCGCCGCUCACCCUAAUGCAGGCCAUAGCCACCUCAGGCAAGCCCUUUGCCUCCAAGCCCGUGGAGCUGUGGAGCAAGCUGGACGUGGCCGACUGGCUGGACAGCCUGAAUCUGUCGGAGCAUAAAGACGCCUUCCUGGACAACGAGAUCGAAGGCGCCCACCUGCCUUCGCUGCAGAAAGAAGAUCUGAUUGACCUGGGGGUGACGCGGGUGGGCCACCGCAUGAACAUCGAGAGGGCCCUCAAAAUGCUGCAGGACAGAUAAAGCCAGGGGGUGUGGAUUUAUCUGGAACACUCUCUCUCCUACCUGUUUUCCUUCUCAGUCUUGGAAAGUCUUGGACGAUUUAGGAAUCGGCCUCUGACUACUCCCUUCCUGCCUCGCCUCUGUGGCGUGUUUGUGUUUGAUCACUCCCAUUCUGCUUCCCGAGUAUCAGGGGAUGUCGGAAUCCUGGAGGAACUGCUGGGAAUAGCCUGGAGAAAGGCGGCGUUCCCGAAUCCAGAAUGGAGAAAGAGUGGAAAGAAUCCUGCAUCUUUUUAGGGAUGCUCACAAUACAAAAGACCACACUUUGGAAUACUCUUGAAACGUAGCCCUCAAACACUUUGAAAUACUGAUAAAAAUCAGUAUUGGAAUACUCAAUCCUUUUUCAAGCUCCCCCAGCGCGGGUGUUUGAAACCAGCUGAGCUGGUUGGCACUCCUUUUCUAUCUUUGCUAGAGUUUCUUCAGAGAAUAUUUCUUCACUAGAGUAAAACCGUGGGUUAUGUUUAUGGAUGUAUCUGACGUUGUAGAGACAUUUGAAAAACAAACAUUUGAAAAACAUUAGAAACGAGAACCUUUGCAGAAAUGUUUAGCUGAAUCCUAAACCAUAUCAUUUGCCACACACACACACACACACACACACACACACACACACACACACACACACACACACACACACACACACACACACACACACACACACACACACACACACACACACACACACACACACACACACACACACACACACACACACACACACACACACACGGCCUUCUCCUGGGGGAGAAACAUAAUGAUGUGUUAGUCACUCUAAUGCAUGGCUGGAGGGGCUCCACUGUAGCAGGCGCCACUGUCCCCUUCACAUCCCUGUUCACUGUGGAAGGUGUGUGUAUUUGCAUUUUGUCAGAGACACGUUUGUGAUGUACGUGUGUGUGUGCGCACGCUGUGGGAGGUUUGUUAAAUGUGUUUUAGAAAGACAUGAGUGCAAGGCCUAGAUUCUGUCAGCCUAUUCAAGGUGUAUAUUGCAUCUCACAUUCCAGUGUUCGAACUUGUAAACAGGGCUCCAUGGGAUUUAUCUUAAUGCAACUCCAUACAGCCAAUGGCAAUGUCCGUUUUAGGUAUAAUGCUGGGAGCCGCUUGUGGAUUUGACAGCUCUAACACAGUUCCACCUCCGACACCACAAAAACAACAGCUACGCGGGUGUUGGAUGGCAUGAAUCUGAUAGAAUCUAGCCCUAAGUGUUGGCAUCAUGUGUGUUGUCAUCGUCUUCCACACACUUGACAGCGACCCCGACAGGAGUGGGAUGCAACCUCCCUACACCCUACCGCCCAACCGACCAAUCUCCCUUCAGGCCUAUAACAGAAAUAAUCCACCUAUCACAACAACUUGGGGAAACUCCAUUUUCUGCCACAAUAUCGCCAUCUCUCCUCUUUGUUCAGCCAUCUUUAAUCAUUUCUAGUUAUUGAGUGAUUCCUUUCGCAAAUCAAACAUUGUUUUUAUUUUAGUACCAGUGUGUGCUGUUGUGGUAUAGGUGAGGGCUGUAUUUUCUUUGGUUGACAUAAUGAUUCUCGGCGAGAAUUUGAAGACGCCCACUUUGAAAGGAUGAGAGCAAAACGGACGUUACUUCGUGGUCUCUGUUAACGUAGGACACUGUGGUUGACUGUGUGCUUGUUUUUAGACAGCUCACCUACAGUAUACUGUGUAGUGCAGGGGCCAAGAAUAAUAGGAAUAAUGUGAAUUCACUCAAAACUCAAAAAUGUGGGUUCCUGAGUGGCGCAGCGGUGUAAGGCACUCCAUCUGAAUCCAGGCUGCAUCACAUCCAGCCUUGAUUGGGAGUCCCAUAGGACGGGGCACAAUUGGUCAAGCCUCGUCCGGGUUAGGCCGUCAUUGUAAAUAAGAAUUUGUUCUUAAAUUACUUGCCUAGUUAAAUAAGGUUACAUUAAAAAUAUAUAUAAUAAUAAUAAAUCCACUACCCAGACAUUCACACAAUCACCGAAGAGGAUUUAAAAAAAGAUUUAUAGGAACGUUUACAAAGUUUGUGUAUAAUCAGUGUUUGCAUCGCCGAUGAAUCACAAAACGUAAUUAUUGACAAGAAGAGGUGUUAAUCCUAUCUGGUGUUUCCAGAGGGAAGAAAAUAGGUGUGACACAGCAGCACUGACCGAGCAGGCUUUAGAUGAUUCAUUUGGGUCCCUGUUCAUUUGAGAAUGAGAGGGAGAGUCCUCAGUAAACACUUUACUUAAGCAUGCAGGUACAACCAUUCUGUAAGGCUUGCUUAUAAAACGUUAUAACGUAUUACUACUACAGGCUUCAAGUAAAAGUGUUACUGAGUCAUUUUCUCAACACCAGUGAUAAGCUCUCACACCAAUGAGCAGGUAGAACAAGCUUAUCUUCUAAUCAGAAAUCCCAUCUGACAGCCAAUCAAUUGUCUCCAUCCCUUUUCAUGAAACACCAGGACUUCAACGUUAAUAUGAGAACUGCUGAUAGGUGAGUACCCAGGAAGUGUUUGGUGGCAUUGGUUUGAAGUAAAUUGAAUACAUUUAUUGCAUUGAAUGUGUAUAAAGGAAUGAUUUAAAGAAAAGAGUACAUCUAUAGAAUAAUGAUAUGUAUAAUAUUUCUAAAAAGGUUUCGAGAGAGAAUUUCUAUGAAAGAAUAUGACCAUUGCAUCCACCCUCAGAACUUAUUUCCUUGUCACUUUACCCCUGUUUUGUGUUUGGAUAGUGCCUCAAAUAGCUCAUUAUUCUCUACAUAGUGCCCCAUUUCUGGCCUUUCUGCCUCUGAACUAGAUUAUAACUACCACAUAAUGCACUGCAAAGAGAAGUGUGGAAGCCAUGUAUUCUACUGUACCCAGAUUACCUAUAUAUUAUAACAUAUCACUAAAACGUGAACAGUAUGUGUGAUCAUUUGAGACAUUAUCCAUGAUUCCAUCAGUUCACAGGGAUGUUCUAUGAACAUAACCAUGAUUGUUUGGAUUGUCUGCAAUUUAGGGUCUCCUGUUGGACCAAAAAAAAAGCUCCCUUGGUGAGAUUCCUUUCUCUCGCUCCCUGUCCCUGUGUGCAACAGUAUGAUGAUGAAGGGAAGACAAAGGGAUGAUAAAAUAAAAAAGGGAAUACCAGGCUGACAGAAAGAGAGGACCUGUAGGAGUUUUAACGCUGCUAUAAUCCAUUCAUUAUUUUAAAAGAAACAACAAGAGUGACAUAGAAAAAAAAGCACAGUAUUUUUUAUGAUUAUAUAGAAUUAUAUGGAAUUUUCUAAAAGACAUUUGGAGAAAAAUGUGGUUUGCCAAAAAUAUAUAUAUAUAUAUAUAUUUUUUUUUAUAUAUAUAUAUAUUAUAUAUAAAUAUGAAUUAAUAGAAAUUAAUAUUAUCAGAUUUAUGAGGAAACUAAGAAGCAAUAUUUUUACUGAAUGGAUCUCCUUGGUUGUGGUUUUUCCCAGUCUUAAGAUGAACUAUCAUGAUAUAUCAUCACCUGUUGAUGUUAUGAACACUGAUAGCUGGAGUGGACAGAAGACAUUUGUCCAAUCAAAAUGUAUUUUAUACACUAUCCUCUGGCCAUCACCUGCCUAUCUUGAAUAUUGUAAUUUUUGACAAUUCCAAUCACUUAGUCUGUGUAUAAUGUGUGUAUAAAUGACUGAAACGCUUUAAAUGUAUACAUAAGCUCACAGUCCACUGGAUCGAAAACUGUCCCGAUGACACUUUUAUGCUCAACUUACAUAAGACAUGUACAAAAAAAGACUAGUUGUGACUGUUGACUUCAUGGAAAAAAACAACAUAUCACUAAGCUAAUUUAUUUGCAGAAUUAUAGAACUGAGUAGUCGUAUUAAGAUGCUAUACAAACCAUCACUGUGUGACUAUAAGGCUAUGCUACAUAAGGACUGGCGUGGCUCACUAUCAUCACAACACAGUCCUUCACUUAAACAUCGGCAACGAUUUUGAUACUUUUGUUAUUUUCUCUUAUGAUUGAAUUUUUUAAUUUUAUUUUUUAUUCUACAUAAUUACAAAGACGUUUCUGGCUCUUUGUGUAUAUUUGUGUUCAUGUUCCAUAUGUUGUAAUUCUGCAUACUUAGAGUCGACUAUCUAAUUAUCAAAAUGAAAAAGAAAGAGAAGUUCCUUGUAACUGCACUCUUCCUUCCCCCCAAAUCCUCAAUACUUCUUGUAUGGCAACCAAACAAAAGUUACUGUAAGAAAUAAAUAUAACAUUGCACUA